AUGACCGGAGUGAGGAACGCGAUAGGCCGAACACCUGGAAAUAAUGCAACGGAAGUGCUGGAAACCGGAAGUGCCGGAAACCGGAAGUGCCGGAAAGAGAGAGCACGCAGUUGGCAUGCGUUCCAAUAUUCGUUCCAAAACCAGAACGUGCAACACAGAGCAGAAAAGAAGCUAAAGGGAGAAGAAAAAGAAAAGAAAAGCCCCCUGGUCAGGCAGAAAUCUUUCCAGGAGCUGCCACUUAUAUCACCAGGAGACGGGACAGGAUACCUUCAUGGGAAAGCCAAGAAGCCCAACUUAUGCAGCAAGUAG